AUGAACGAGCCGCUGAUCGUCCUCACCCCGUCCGUAGCAGCGGCACUUCGCGAUCAGCGCGCGGAUCAGCCGGUGGUGCGUCGCCACCGCGUCGGACAUCGCCUCAGGGCACGCGGCCCACAGCGCCGUGCUGCUCUCGAUGUCUGUAACACGAGCGUCACGGGGUCUGUCGCCUCCUUCGGCGCAGUCGCGUUGCCACGCGAGUCGCAGCAGCAGCACAGGCUUCACCACAACCACCCCCACCACCAUGAUGGUGAGCAGAAGCACCACGGCAAUGACGACGCCGAUCAGCUGCGCCAUCGCCAACCCGCGCGCAGCGGUCUCCGUGUACUACAUCGACGGGGCCCAGCGCCCGAGCAAGCGACCACAGAGAUGCGCGUCACCCCGGUGUUCACACCGCACCCAGCACCGCCAACGGCAUCACACGCCGCGUCGUCAGCGAAGCCCAUCGGCGACAGCGGCGCCCGUUGCGUGACGUUGGGCGAUGAACUCCUGAGCGGUCUCCGACGUCGAGUUCACGUCGCCCCAGUGCGGCAGGCUCGUCGCGAACACAACGCGGUCGGCACCCACACCGCCAGCGAACGCAGCGACGAAGCCGGCGUGCAGCAGCACAAACCCGGGGAACGCAACGAACACACGCGCAUCCCCGUGCGACGCCACGCCACCGCAACUGCCUCCUCGCCGCGGAUCGCCGCAGCGCCGAACGGGCGCUCGUGUUCCCGAGGUGCUCCGCAAGCACGAAGAACUGCUGAUCCAGCGUCGGCAGCAGGUGGCCCACGUGCCUGCGGAACCUGUUCAGCCGCGGCUCAAGCUGCAGCGAGCUGA